AUGUCGGCGCCCAAUUCAGUGCCCGUCUCUCCUGCAUCGUCGAAGCGCUCGCGCAGCAAGGACAGCACGCGAUCAGCCACAUAUGCCUCGCUCAACACGUCCGCCGCGAGCACCACCUUCAACACACCGGCGGUAAGCACGCACAGUCUUCUGCCUCCACUAAACGUGGGCCCGUCCUCCAAUGGAGACCAAUCGCCGGACUCUACCCCAUAUCCCGCCUUCCUGAGGCCGAGAAGAGCAGGCAGAGCAGCUAACUCCUUCGCAGCACAACUUGACGGCAAGUGGAAUGACUUGGAGUGGGCACAGAUGAACCGUCUUCGAGACGGCAUGGCACCGACCGACAUCGAAGAACCGGCCCAGUGGGCACGUUGCAGCGGCGACGCCUAUGCUCCUCGAAAUCGCUACAUGAAUGUCGACCCCUACCAGGCGAAUAGAGUACACUUGGAGGUCCCCGAGGGUGUAUUCGACUACAUCAAUGCCUCUCCGAUUACCCUGAAGUCGACCAAGUCAGGGACAGUCAUGAAGUACAUCGCAACACAAGGACCCAAGGCUGAUAGUUGGUCCCAUUUCUGGCGCAUGGUAUGGAAGGAAAACGAGUCGCCCGCAGUGGUCGUUAUGGUCACCAAAACCCACGAACAAGCUCGUGAAAAAUGCUAUCCUUACUACCCCCGAUCGAUAUCCGAACCGGAUCUGCGCAUCAAUGAGCACGACGAAUUCGGCGACGGCUUCAUACACGAUCUGCAUCUGAAGGAACUAUCGCAUGACCAGGAAGCUAGGACAGAGGUCAGGGAGAUCGACAUGACAACAGAGGACCGAAGCGAAUCGCGCAAGGUCUGGCACCUGCUAUUCGAAGGCUGGCCAGACUUCUCGGUCCCUGAAGGCGCAGACAAGGCGGCUUUGUUGAAGAUGGUGGAGCUGUCGCGCGAGAAGAACAGCAACAAUUCGACAAACCCGCGCAUCGUCCAUUGUAGCGCAGGUAUCGGUAGAAGCGGCACAUUUAUUGCUCUGGACUGGCUGAUUCAAGAGUUGGAAGAAGGCUCAUUGGACAAUCCAGCCGACGACGAGGACCCCAUAAUCAGAGUAAUCGAGAUGCUUAGGGAUCAACGACCCAUGAUGGUUCAGUCGAAGCAACAAUUCUUUUUCAUAUACGACACCCUCCGCGAACGGUGGCGCGAGCGCUGGAUCACCCAACACCCCGAAGAAGCGAGUCGACUCGGCAUCACACCCGCUGCGCAAGACGAAGAACCGGCGCUUAAGAGACAGAAGAGCAACGUGGACAGUGAUGCGGAUGCUUCUUUUGUGAGUGAUGCAGAGCGGGCAAAGCUCGAAGCUGAGCUCAUGGGCGCCGACUACGAGUGAUCUCCAGACUCUGGUUAACCAUCUUCAUUU